UCUUGAAGUGACGAGACGAGAGUCACCCAGUUUAUUCUGACGUUCUGUGCAAGAAGACUCUUAGGUCAGCUACAUUGUUGUGACGUAAAACGUCACCACAUAUGGGCAUUACGUCCUAGACACGUGACAACGUCAAAAUGGGCAGCUCCGUUUGCAAAUCGAUAACCUGUCCGGCACAUUACAAUCUCAACGAGCUGGAGAUCGUGAUCACAAUCACCGGCUUCAUCUCCAUGUUUUGUUGCGUCAUCGUCAUUCUGACGUAUUACCUUUGGCCACACCUCCAAACGACCACCAGGAAGUUGCUCGUCUAUCUCUCUAUUGCAGACUACACGUUUGCAGCAAUGAACGUGAUUGGUGCUGUCUCGUAUAAUCACAUCGUAUGCAGUAACCCCGACCCCGAUACACCAUCUCGAGAUGGAAUCAUUCAGAGUGCUAUAGGAACGUAUGCAUCGAGUUGUUCCUACUUCUGGACAAUGUUUCUGGCUGUUUACUUGUACGUUUUGGUUGUGAAAAAUAACUACAUUUUGGCGGAGAAAUUGUUGCCUUAUUUUCAUGUUGUCAGUUGGGGGAUACCAUUGGUUGAGGUCUCGCUGGCGGCUUGGAAGGGGAAGCUUGGGUGUAAUGGAAAUGAGGAGGUGACUGGUGGAUGGUGUUGGAUCAUGUUGUCUGUGAACGAAACUCAGGAUUGGGAGGGCGCGGUGUGGAUGUUGUUUACUGGGAAGUUGUGGGAGUUGAUUGCAUACAUUGUGAUUUUUGUUCUUUAUUUCAAGAUCAAACGGCACUUUAAGAGACAGCUGGGGAGCAAUCGACCUGAUCAGCUGCUGACACAAGCGAGCUACAAGACUGCUCGGUAUAUCGAUCAGAAAUUGACGUUUGUUCCAAUUGCUUUUGUUUUCCUUCGAAUGUGGGGCAUGAUCAGGUUUAUUCUAUUUGCCAUCAAGUCUAGUCUCAUUGAAUGCUCUAGUCCUCAGCACCAAACACACAUUGACUACACUGGCUGGUUGGUAUACUUGCAGGGAAUCGGUGAUACAGCACAAGGCAUUGUCAACUUUAUAUUCUUCUGUUUGCUGACAAAUAAAGUCCGUAGACAAUGGAUAGACUCUUGUUCCUGUUUGUGUCAACCGUGUAGAAAGCCUAAGCUACCAAUUGUCCAAAAUUGUAAGGGGAGAUGGAGGUCUGGGCGGAGAGAGCAAGAAGAGGGUGGCAACUUCACACCUCCAUUGCUUGAAGUCGUUGAUAGCGAGACUUGUACUGGCAGUGGAAGUCAGAAAAGUGAUACUGCACUGGACUUUGUAACAAAAUUAAAAGUUGAGUUUUUGAAACACAACAACUACUACAGUACUCGCGCCCAAAGUGAGGCUAGCCACAAAAUGGACUUGUGGAUGAAGGUCUGCACGGGUAUAACGUGCAUACUAUCGAUGCUGGGUUGUGUGGUGAUCAUCAGUAGUUACGCGCGUUGGCGCGACUUGAGGUCGAAAUCUCGCCUCUUGCUCGCUUGCCUUUCUGUUGGAGAUUACAUGAACGCGGUGGGCAAUGGAGUAAGCGCCUUGUCACCACCGACUAGUAGUGAUGACAUUGGGUGUAAGAUGCAAGCCGUGUUGACAACAUACGGGUCUUUGUGCUCUUUCUUCUGGACCAGCUGCAUUGCCAUUUACCUCUACAUCACAAUAGUCAAGAGCAACGGAGUACUGGCAGACAGACUGAUCACCAUGUUUCAUGUUGUUAGUUGGAUUAUGCCUGCUGUAAUAACAGGAGUAGCAUUUAGUAUGAGUAAAUUGGGAUAUACAGAACAUGGUGACACAGCUGGAUGGUGCUGGAUUAAUGGAGAUAUCACUUCUUCAAAAACACAAAUGUGGAUGGUCGUCACUGGAAAGGGAUGGGAAAUUUUGUCAUACAUUAUUGUUGUCUUGUUAUACGUUUUGAUCAAAGUACAUUUAUGGCAAGAGAAAAGACAACCAAGCAACUUGAUAACGAAGUCAAGCUUUGAGACAGCUCAGAGCAAAAACAGGAAACUUACGCUUGUUCCGAUUGUGUUUGUGCUGCUACGAAUGUGGGGAACCAUCCGAUUCUUUCUUGUCUUGUUUAACAACACGUGUGCUUUGCAGAACCACUUUCUCAUUGCGCUUCAUGGAAUUGGUGACAGUGCUCAAGGCUUCGUCAACUUCAUCAUCUUUUGCAUAUUUACAGAACGAGUUCGAUCCCAUUGGCUCAACCCUUUCUCUUCAUGCUUUUCAUGUUUUACAUGUCGUCGCCGUCGUCGUUGUCGUCAAAGGAAGAAGUCUAGAGAAACUUCAAGAGUUCAACUACAUUCUGAUUCACCAGAGAAAGAUGCCAACUCACCUUUGUUGUAUGCAUCCCAGGAGGUCACCAGUUCAACUUCUUACUCGAGUAUCCAGGACUAGUUGCCUUUGACCACUUUUAAUUUGUGUGAAAGAAAGG